AUGUCAAGACACGUAACGGCCAUCGUGGCCGCUACUUCUUCAGGGGGUAUAGGUCUGAACGGGACUCUGCCAUGGCGAUUACCAGGAGAAAUGAAGUAUUUUGCCAAGGUGACUUCCGGUAGGACUAAAAGAGGUCUUUCUACCCAUGAUGCCAAUUCUACUUCGAUGAACACCGUCAUUAUGGGUAGGAAAACUUGGGAGUCAAUUCCUGCCAAGUUUCGUCCUUUACCAAACCGAAGAAAUGUGAUCAUCUCUCGUCAAGGCGCCAAUAUACAAGACAAUGAUCUCAUCUCCACCCACACGUCGAUAGAGCACGCUAUCGAAGUAUCAUCACAAGAAGGAAGAAUAUUUCUCAUCGGCGGUGCACAGCUAUACAACCUAGCAUUCUCUCCUCCGUACCUUUGCGAUCGCGUUCUUCUCACAAGGGUGUUGAACGACUUCCAAUGCGACACUUUCCUCUCUCCCUUUCCCUUCGCGGAACAAUCGAACGACACUGCAGCUACGUCGAAUAAAUGGGAGAGACGGAGUCAUGCAGAUUUGUGUCAUUGGAUAGGGUUUGACGUCGCAGAGGAGAACGAAGAAAAGGGCAUAAGAUACAGAUUCGAGAUGUGGACAUUGAAAAACACAUGA